AUGCAGAGCCCAAAUACAGAUCAGCUGGUACCAGAAGGCAACAUCUUUGUGGUGAGUCUGUCAGUCGCAGACCUGGUGGUGGCGCUCUACCCCUACCCUUUGGUACUGACAGCCAUCGUCCACGACGACUGGACUAUGGGGGACACGCACUGCCAGGCGAGCGGUUUCAUCAUGGGCAUCAGCGUCAUCGGCUCCAUCUUUAACAUCAUGGCCAUCGCCAUCAACCGCUACUGCUACAUCUGCCACAGCCUGAACUACGACCGCCUGUUCAGCCUCAGGAACACCUGCUGCUACCUGGGCCUCACCUGGAUCUUCACGGCCAUCGCCACCGUGCCCAACUUCUUUGUGGGCUCGCUUCAGUACGAUCCUCGCAUUUACUCCUGCACUUUCGCCCAGACAGUUAGCUCUUACUACACCAUCUCCGUGGUCAUCAUCCAUUUCCUGAUCCCGCUGCUGGUGGUGUCGUACUGCUACUUGAGGAUAUGGGUGAGGGUGAUCCAGGUGAAACAUCGGGCGAAACCAGAACAAAGAGCCAAACUAAAACCCAGCGACGUAAGGAACUUCCUGACUAUGUUCAUGGUGUUUGUGUUGUUUGCUGUCUGCUGGGCGCCGUUGAACCUGAUCGGCCUGGCGGUGGCGAUCAACCCGGCCAGAGUUGCUCCGAACAUACCGCAGUGGCUGUUUGUCACCAGCUACUUCAUGGCAUACUUCAACAGCUGCCUCAACGCCAUCAUAUACGGACUGCUGAACCAAAACUUUCGUAAAGAAUACAAGACGAUCGUCCUCGCUCUGUGCAUCCCACGCUUGCUCCUGGUGGAAACCUCAAGGUGUGCCACAGAGGGUCUGAAGAGUAAACCCUCAGCGGCUGUGACAAACAAUAUCAUAGCGGAGAUAAACGUAUAACAACGGGCAUUUCUCGGGAAUCCGGGUUCACCUGCUGCCUUCAGACAUGCCAUCGUUUUGUUUGCUGCUUAUUCUGUUCUGGUUUUACACCAUACUUGCCAACCCUCCCGAUUUUCCCGGGAGACUCCCAAAUUUCAGUGCCCCUCCCGAAAAUCUCCCGGGGCAACCACUCUCCCGAAUUUCGUGUACGGAGUAGUACACGGACAUAGGGAGAAGUACAGAGCGCCAAUAAACCUUGAAGGCACUGCCUUUGCGUGCCAGCCCAAUCACAUAAUAUCUAUGGUUUUUCACACACACAAGUAAAUGCAAGGCAUACUUGGUCAACAGCCAUACAGGUCACACUGAGGGGUGGCCGUAUAAACCACUUUAACACUGUUACAAAUAUGCACCACACUGUGAACCCACACCAAACAAGAAUGACAAACACAUUUCGGGAGAACAUCCGCACCGUAACACAACAUACACACAACAUAACAAAUACCCAGAAGCCCUUGCAGCACUUACUCUUCCGGGACACUACAAUAUACAUCAACCGAAACCACGCCGCCCCCUAUCUCUCGAAUUCCGAGGUCUCAAGGUCGGCAAGUAUGUUUUACACCAGGAGCUGAAGCCCGACUACACCUUGACACAUGCCAAGCUUAGGUGGACCACGGCAACACCCAAGGUGCUUUGGUAUUACAAAAUAAUCACACCAUAUUUAUUUUCUCACCAUACACAUCUGUUGUGUUCCACCGAACAAUAAAUGUACAGACAAACCCUGAUUUUGCCCAAAAAAUGUGUCAGUUUAAGAAGAGCAAAGUCUUUGACACAACACGACUGUUUUCCGGCAUGGUUGCAUCACCUGCGCCGUCACUGCAUUCGUCUUUUACGUUCUGAUCAAAUAUAAACUCAAUAAAAAAAGUGUGUUUUUUUAUGUCA